AACAGAAAAGAGGCAUUUCACGCUCUCGGCUGAGUCACCCAAGUGUAUAAAACCAAGGCCGGGCAGUCGGAGCCGCUCGGAGCGGAGACACGAGGCAGCGGGGCUUUGGGACAGAACCCAAACAGAUCUUUGGAAAUUGAUCGAAAGUCACUUCGGAGAAGGAUGUUUCCAGGCUUGCUCAUCCUCUCUCUGCUAGUGGGGAGCACAACAUCUGGCCCGGUGAGCAGAGCAGAGCCUGCAGCAUCCAGGGAUGUCACCACCUUUUUCCAGCUGGCUCAGGAAGACCCUUGGGAGAAUGUUAACCUCACCAGCAUGUCCUGUGAGCAUCGGAAGAACAGGACGUGGAUCACCCUGCAGCUGACCAACAGCAGCCUGACAGCUUUCCCCAUCUGCCUGCCGGAGGCCCUGGAGACCCUGGAUCUCAGCAACAACCUCUUGGAAGAGCUGAACGGCUCGGAGGUGGCGAACCUGCCACGGCUGCGCGUCCUCUCGCUGAGGCACAACCACCUCUGGGCAGUCUCGUGGGGACCUGAAGCCCUCAGCAGCCUCCUCAAGCUGGACCUGAGCUUUAACAAGCUGUCAUCUGUGCCAUCCUGCCACAGCUCUGCCCUGCCCAGCCUGAGGUGGUUGUCCUUGGCUGGAAAUCCGCUGCUGGAAAUCCAGCCGCUGGCUUUUUCCUGCUCCCCUCAGCUGCAGGUGUUGAACCUCUCUGCGACGCUGCUGGGGCAGGAGGACAGCAGAGGAAUUAGGGAAUCUGCUUUUGCCAUCAGCACAGCUCCCAGGGAGGCCACGGACAGGCCUGGAAACUCCAUCAAUGUGCUUGAUCUGAGCGGGACUUUUCUUGAGAAAAUUCAACCAGAGUGGACCAGAGACUUGUCCAGCCUCAGAUCCCUUCACCUGACAAAGAUGCCACGUUUAAGAAGCCUCCACACUGACUUUGUCAAGUCCAUGCCCGGUCUCCAAGAGCUGCACUGCCAGGACUCCCCUUCCCUGGGUUUUGUGAAGACAGAGAUGUUUGACAGUGCUCCUCACCUGAGCCAUCUCUCCUUUGAGAACUGUAACCUCAGUUCCUUUAAUCCCUGGGACACCAACUCAUCAGAUAGGAUCACCAUCAACCUGUCUGGAAACCCUCUGUUCUGUGACUGCCAGCUCUCCUGGCUGCUCUCCAAGCCCAAAAGAGUUGUGCUCCAAAAGGCUGGGGAGACUUUCUGCACAUCCCAGGAAGAUGGGGGCAGACCUCCAACACUUGUUCCACUGCAGGAGCUCUACAAUAAGUGCCAGUCUGGGACCAGCAAUGUCACAGUGCCCCAUUCAAACACAGCCUCUCCCGAUCAAGAUGCUCUCAACUUUACCAGUUACGAUGCCACUGCUACGGUAACAACAGACUGGGCUCUGCUCUCCAGAGACACUUACACCAGCUCCCUGAUCCAGGGGGAUUUAAUGAGCACCACAGCUAACCCAGUGCUCUCUAGAGACAUGUACACCAGCUCCCUGUUCCAGGGGGAUUUAAUGAGUGCUACAGCCAGCCCAGUGCUCACCAAAGACACCUCUACCAGCUCCCUGAUCCACGGGGAUUUAAUGAGUGCUACAGCCAACUCAGUGUUCACUGAAGACACUUCUAUCAGCUCCCUGAUCCAGGGAGAUUUAAUGAGCACCACAGCCAGCCCAACACUAACCAGAGGUGCUUACACCAGCUCCCUAAACCAGAGGGAUGCAAUGAGCACAACAGCCCAUCCAGUGCUGACCAAAGACACUUCUACCAGCUCCCUGAUCCAGAGGGAUGCAAUGAGCACGGCACUGCCCCCAACAGAACUGGUGCUAACAAUGGCCAACAGCUCCUCCCACCAGGAGGAGGCAGUUUCCGAAUUUACAAGCAGUCUCCCUUCCUUUGCAUCCGUAACCUCCUUCCCAGUUUUCCUCAAAGAGCUCUUUGCUCAGUUUGGCUCCACGAGUCAAACAGGAACAGAGCAGCCAAAGGGAGAGCUCAGAACAACCGACACAACAUUUCCCCAGGAAGGUCCAUCCAGCCAGACCACCAGUCGUUAUUCUACUGGAGGAACAGGAACCCCCCACACCACUGACCGUUCUAUUCACUCGUCUGCCAGCCCUGGUGGGGAGGGUACCCCACAGAGCACCCCCCAGCCGAGUCCCCCGCAGCUGAACUCGUCCAGGAGCAAUGCUGGCUCAGAGCCUGCCCCCACAAGGGCUCCAGCACACUAUGUGGAUUACUACGACUAUGACGAACAGCCCAAGGAAACCCCAGUGCAAGUGGGACACAUCUCCUGCGACUACAACCCCUGCAGGCACCUCCAGAAGCCGUGCAGUGAACUCCAGAGCGUGUCCCAGUGUUUGUGCCCGGGCACGUCGAUGGAAGACGAAGUUCCAGACCCGCCGAGGCUCAGCGAGGUGACUGAAGUCACUGACAGCUCUGCCCUGAUUCACUGGUGCGCCCCAAAUUCGGUUGUUCACACCUAUGAGCUGGUGCUUCUUGCCCAAGGCAACGAGGACAGGCAGUUUGUCAUGGAUAAUAUUUAUCCCACGGCCAGGCAGUACACUCUGUAUAAUCUGUCACCGUACACCACUUACAACAUUUGCGUGACAGCUUCGAACAAAGCCGGGUCAAGCCAGAUAACAGGUCAGGAAUUUCCAGGUAAUUCGUGCACCAGCUUUAAAACAAAACCCAGCUACAAGUCUGUCUUUGUUGCUCUGUCUGCAGCAAGUGGAUUCUUUCUCAUUACCACGAUUGUUUUGUCUGCAUGUCUGUGCAGGGCAUGUAAGAAGCCUCACAGUGAGCAGUAUGGUACACACUUGGUCUCCUACAAGAACCCAGCCUUCGAUUAUCCACUAAAAAUACAAACCAGCAAUUAGCUCUGGGUUAUUGUUCUGCACACUCAGAGCUCAUUGUCUCUAUCACCUUGGUAUGUUUUUGGGAGACUCUCAAAGUGUCCUUCAACAAAAUUACAAACCCCCAGAUUUUGUAACCCUUCUGUUUCUAAGGGAGAGCAAACAACCAACAAAUUAGAACUAAUAAGGUAUCGACCAGAAAAAAGUCACUGGACUCUGGUUCAUGUGCUAAGCAGCAGCAAAGCUGGACACUAACCUUGAAAAGCUGUUUUUAUAAUCACCUACCAAUAGAGUAGCAUGAAUUCCACACAGUGAGAGGCUGCCUGGCCAGCUGUCUGCCUCCAGUAUCUCAUGGACACAGCUGAGAGCCAUGAUCCAAGGUGCAUCUGGCUGAGCAUGACACACUCUGCUUUUAUUCACAGGGGGGAAGUUGGGGAUUCAGGUUUUUUAAAGGUAAUGAUCCAAAAAGAGAGUGUUACUGGAAGGAGUGAGUGGGCUCAGUGACAAGGUGCUGUGCAGCUCUAACUCCAUGAAGCAACUCCAGAGGCUGAAGCUGCUCAGCCUCACUUCAGUUCAGGAAAAAGAAACAAAGAUUACAUGUAAAAAAGGACCGUGCAGGAUCCUUGGGGCAGGGAUCAUUGUUUUGUCGUGUCUUUGUGUGAUGUUGGAGUCUCCCAAGAGCUCCCACAAGCAGUUCCCAGGCAGGGGGGGUUUGCUGCAGCACAGCAGUGACCCCACAAGUGGUAAGGGGAGCAUGGUAACAUUUGCUUCUCAAUGGAUUUUAAACAGAGGUGGUUGUUCCAUCCCAAUAAUCUAUCCCAUCCACAGGUUUAGCACCUGAUUUACCUCGUAGAGGCAAAAGGAUGAGCAAUGAAACAAUUUAAUGUGUGUGUUGCUGAGACUUGAAAAAAAUUAAAUCCCAUCCACUGGCAGCAGAGAGUUCUGCAGACACCUUUCAGAUUAAUUUUUGGGUGCUACUUUCUGCUACAAUGAUAGUACGAGACGCUGACAAUCCCAGCUUUGAGCUAGCCAUUAAAAUUUAGAGAGGUGUUUGUGGAAGGGGAGGCAGUUGUGCCAGCCAAAUACUUCCCCAGGGCUUUAUGUUCCAGCAGCUCCUGUUCCUGCUGCUGUACAGACACUGUGUAAGGUCCCCCAGACCUCCGAGGAGAAGGUGCUGUACAGUGCAAGAGACUCUCUGUUCUGCUCUGUUUUGAUGCUUCCAGUAUUAACAGCAAUAAAAGCUACAGAGCUGAGUUCUGGUUCUUGGUUAAAGUCUUUACCAUCUAC